GCUGUUUCUGCGUCAUCGAUUUUCCUCUUCGAAGAUCCGCACUUUUUGUUCCUCUCCCCCCAUCGGAACAAGAUGACGAAGAGAACGACGGUAGUGAAUCGAAUCAUUCAACCAUCCACUCAGCAUCAUUUAUUUGCUAGCUAGCUACCUAGUAGUACUCUAGUCUAUAAUAUUCAGUUCAUGAUCCUCUCGCUACUAGCUAGUACCGUAGCACAAUGGAAGAUUUGGAAAGUAGCAGACCUGAUGCUUCCUUGGAGAACAAGGACGGCAAGGAACAUGACAAACCAAAGAUUCCUUCGACGCAUGCUACCGAUGCCACUUCCACCAAUACCAAAGGAGUCCGUUGGUCGUCUGAUGUGAAGGAUCAUCAUCCAAAGGAGCAGAAGAAACAGCACUCAGAUACUGUUAGUACUCCCAUUGACAUAGAUGCUGCUACUGGAGUAGCCCGUCUUCCCUCAUUGGAUACCCCGGAUGUUCCACCAGAUUCCGCCGCCACCACCAGUGGCAGAGUAAUGCUGGAAGAUGACUGGGAAUUGACCUGGCCUAUUUGGCACUUGUUGCCCUUGCAUGAACGGAGAGAAAUUGCACAUCGUCAUGGCUACAAUACCAUUGGAGCCUUUGAAGAGUACAUGAGUUUGCAGCAGGCGCUCGAUAAGGAUAUACAUGUACCGUCAGCAGCCAGCAAACCGUAUAGCAGCAAUAAUGUACCACCCGAUAAACGCAAGCAGGAAGCACAACAACUGGGAGGCCUCCAGAACAAACAGCAACAAGAAGAGGAAGAAGAAGACUCGGAUUUGGAAGAGGACGACGAAGGGAAUGCAACAUCCACAGAAGAGGAAGACAACAACAACAACUCGGAGGAUGACGACGACAACGAUUCCUUGCUGCUGACAUUUCCCGAUGAAAUUCUACACAAAAUUUUCUCCUUUUUACCCGUCACACUCUAUGGAACCAAGUUGGCAUACGUAUCGCGGCAUCAUGCGCAUUGGAGACGCGUCACGGGCAGUGAGGCCGUCAUGAAACAGUUGUGCGAACGGGUAUACUUGCAACAAUCCAAAAAGAAACAAUUGAGAAUUGCCAAAUUCCAUCAUUCCUACCGAUACAUGCUCUAUGCACGACCACGGGUCCAAGCCGGAGGGGGUGUCUACAUUUUGAGAUUUGGAAGGGUCAAACCCAUUCAACGAGACAUGUGGACGUCUGUUCGACCCGGGGCCAUUCUCGAAACCGUCUAUUAUCGGUAUCUCUAUUUUGAAGAACAGGGACAUUGCCUCUAUGCACUCACCACCAUUCCACCGCAUGACAUGUUGAGACGAUUUCAUCGAGUAUUGUUGCAGUCGUCCCGGGACAAUACUAAUAAUACCGGCACUGUAGAAUUUGCUGCGAGUAGUACCAGUUCCACAACCACCAAAAAGAACAAGCCACGCAAACUCACGGCAAAGGAAAAGGAACGAAGGGCCGCCGAAAUGGAUACUCGUGUGGUUUGGGGAACUUACACCAUUCAAAAGGAUAGAAUCACCGUCACGGCCAAACAGUCUUGGCAAACAGUACAGUUCGGCCUACGGAUCGUUGCCCAUCACAAUCGACCGUACGCCGAACACACCUACCUGCACCACAACCAUCACAGCAAUAACAACAAGAAGGCAACCCCACCACAAUCAACCACAACCAGUGUCGAGAAGAAGAAAAAGACACCUGCUGCGAGUGCCAAAACAACGGGAGAAAACGGCAAUGAGGAGGAUGAAGUGCACGAGUACGUCAAUGCCACCCACAUUCCCCCCGUAUCUCCCCAUGGACGCUUUGGAGUGUUGCAGCUGGAACAACAUCGAUCCAGUAUCUCUGGAAACUUUGAUGAUCACGACAGCUUCUUGGACGGUCAACACCAUCCUCGUGUGUUUCAUCACUCCGAUGUUGUCAACUUCGACGUAGAAGGGGGCCAAGUCUUUCGGUUCGUCGCUGACCGAAGGUUUUGAGCUACAUGUAAAUAGCAAGCUGGUACUAUACCGUAACCACGGCAAGUACAGUACCGUAGUGAAGAAGGAGCCAUUUUCUGCUUGAUGUUCACCAUAACUAACACAGUGAUUGGGUACCUCGGUAAGGCUAGCCAGCGAUCGUACCGGUACGAUGUAAUGACAACAUUGCAACAAUUCAAUAGCUACCGGUAGCUAGCUAGACUACUAGUACUAGCAAGAUCUAUGUGCUGACAUUGGUGGUUCAAACGGAACAGCUUGGAGCCAGUACACCCGAUUUCAAUUCGAUUAGCAUUCGAACUGUUCGAAGCUCACUUAUCGAAUAAGAUUCCUUUCUUCAUCUUUCGAAUUCCCAAGGCGACAUCAAUCCCAGGAGGCGAUGAUGCGGUGGAUCUUU